AUUUUUUUCACUCUCUAUAUAAACACCGUCUCUUCCACUUCCCCACAACACAAUACAUUCUUUGCUAAUUCCAACUAAGAGGAAAAAAAACAAAAAAAAAAAAGGCUCCUGCAAUGGCCUGCUCAAGCUCUUCAAGACCCACAAAAGUUCAAGAACUCAACGUGUACGAGAUCAACGAGCGAGAUCGUUCAAGCCCUGCGUAUCUCAGUUUAAGCCAGAAACCUGUGCAUGCCCUCGGAGACCUUGUGCCCUUCACUAACAAAAUAUACACCGGAGAUCUUCAGAAACGAUUGGGGAUAACGGCGGGAAUCUGCAUUUUGAUCGAAAACAAGCCGGAGAAGAAAGGAGAUCGAUACGAGGCAAUUUACAGCUUCUAUUUCGGGAACUACGGCCACGUGGCGGUUCAGGGGCCGUACUUGACUUACGAGGACACGUAUCUGGCUGUGACUGGUGGGUCUGGGAUUUUCGAAGGGGUGUACGGGCAGGUGAAGCUGCACCAGAUUUUGUUCCCCUUCAAGGUUUUGUACACAUUUUAUCUGAAGGGGAUUGAGGAUUUGCCUGAGGAGCUUACAAAUGUGAAGGUUGUUGAGCCCGGCCCUGGUGUGGAGCCCAGCCCUGCUGCCAAGGCCUGUGAGGCCCAUGCCACCGUGUCCAACUUCACCAGCUGAUGAGAAUUGUAGUACGAAUGAGAGGAAUUGGAUGAAUAUGGUAUUUAAUUAAAUGUUUUGUGUGUUUUGAAGUCAAUGUAUCGUUUUGAACAAUGCAUUUUAUAUAUCAAGUGAGAUGACAACUUUUGAUGCUUGUUUA